CGGGGCUCGGGGGAGGCGCGCUCGAGCUCUCCCGGCGGCGACGACUACGACGACCAGGAGAGAGGACGGAGGCGGCGCCUGAAGCAGCGGCGGAGCCCAUGCCCCGGGACGGCGGGCGGGCCCGGAGAGACAAGUCCGGGGCCCGGGACAUGUCCCCGGGGCCCCCGUGAAGAGGCGGCGGCGGCGAUGGAGACCCCGCCGCAGGAGGGGCCGCCCGGGCCGGGCACGGACGCCGACGCCGAGGAGGCCCCCGCCGAGGCCCGGUCUCCCAGUCCCGCAUCGUCCCCCGCCGACGGGCGCCUCAAGGCUGCUGCCAAGCGCGUCACGUUCCCCUCCGACGAGGAUAUCGUGUCCGGAGCGGUGGAGCCCAAAGACCCCUGGAGACACGCCCAGAACGUGACCGUGGAUGAGGUCAUUGGGGCCUACAAGCAGGCCUGCCAGAAGCUGAGCUGCAGACAGAUCCCGAAACUCCUCCGGCAGCUCCAGGAGUUCACAGACCUUGGGCACCGCAUCGACUGUCUGGACCUGAAAGGUGAGAAGCUUGACUACAAGGCCUGCGAGGCCCUGGAAGAGGUCUUCAAGAGGCUCCAGUUCAAGGUCGUGGACCUGGAGCAGACAAACCUGGAUGAAGAUGGUGCCUCCGCCCUCUUCGACAUGAUCGAGUACUACGAGUCGGCCACCCACCUCAACAUCUCCUUCAACAAGCACAUCGGCACCCGGGGCUGGCAGGCCGCUGCCCACAUGAUGCGCAAGACCAGCUGUCUGCAGUACCUGGAUGCCCGGAACACGCCCCUCCUGGAGCACUCGGCUCCGUUCGUGGCCCGCGCCCUGCGCAUCCGCAGCAGCCUCGCCGUGCUGCACCUGGAGAACGCCAGCCUGUCGGGGCGACCGCUGAUGCUGCUCGCCACAGCGCUGAAGAUGAACGUGAACCUGAAGGAGCUGUACUUGGCAGACAACAAGCUCAAUGGCCUGCAGGACUCGGCCCAGCUGGGCAACCUCCUCAAGUUCAACUGCUCCCUGCAGAUCCUAGACCUCCGCAACAACCACGUGCUGGACUCAGGUCUGGCCUACAUCUGCGAGGGCCUCAAGGAGCAGAAGAAGGGACUGGAGACCCUGGUGCUGUGGAACAACCAGCUCACGCACACGGGCAUGGCCUUCCUGGGCAUGACGCUGCCGCACACGCAGAGCCUGGAGACGCUGAACCUGGGCCACAACCCCAUUGGGAACGAGGGCGUGCGGAACCUCAAGAACGGCCUCAUCAGCAACCGCAGCGUGCUGCGCCUGGGCCUGACGUCCACCAAGCUCACGUGCGAGGGCGCGGUGGCGGUGGCCGAAUUCAUCGCCGAGAGCCCCCGCCUCCUGAGACUGGACCUUCGGGAAAACGAGAUCAAGACGGGCGGGCUCAUGGCACUGUCAUUGGCCCUCAAGGUGAACCGCUCACUGCUGCGCCUGGACCUCGACCGUGAGCCCAAGAAGGAGGCGGUGAAGAGCUUCAUCGAGACGCAGAAGGCGCUGCUCGCUGAGAUCCAGAACGGCUGCAAGCAGAACUUCAUGCUGGCCCGGGAGCAGGAGGAGAAGGAGCAGCGGCCGCAGCUGUCGGCCUCCAUGCCCGAGAUCACUAUCACCGAGCCCCAGCCCGACGAGGAGCCCGGGGAGGAGCCCGCCGCCAGGGCCCAGGAGAACGGGGCCCCGGGCCCCGGCGCCCGGCCGGACUCGGACUCGGACUCGGACUCUGAGGAGGAGGGUGGGGAGAGGGCCGAGGCCCCCUGCCCCGCCCUGGUGCCCCCCUCGGACUCACUGGGCCCUGGGGACAGGAGCCCCCCAGGCAGCCCCUCCUCCCCCACCGAGCAGCGCAUUUCUGUGUCCAGCCCAGGCCGGGGCCACAAAGUGUUUGUGGUGACUCGGGUGGAGAGUCCCCCUGAGAGGGCAGAGCCCCCUUUGCCACCCACCCCUCCCUGUCCUUCCCCCCCAACUGCCUCAGCCUCCCCGCCUGCCUCACCUACCCUGCCACCAGCCGAGGCCGUCGGCGCUCAGGACCCAGGGCUGUCGGAGCCUCAGUCACAGCCGGAGCCGCCUCAGUCAGGGCCGCCGCUGCCCAACGGCCUAAAGCCCGAGUUUGCCCUCGCACUGCCCCCGGAGCCGCCCCCGGGGCCCGAGGCCAAGGCAGGCAGCUGUGGCCUGGAGCACGAGCUGAGCUGCUCCAAGAACGAGAAGGAGCUCGAGGAGCUGCUUCUGGAAGCCAGUCAGGACUCUGGACAGGAGACACUGUGACACUUUAGUUCCUCCUCCUCCCCUGCUCCCCGACCCUGUCAGUCUUCAAUGAGCUGAGGCCAGAGCCAUGAGAAUCUGCUCGCCGUCACCCCCAGCAUUCCGGAGGCCCAGGCUGCCAGGGGUGUGGGGGCCUUGUGGGGACCCCUGCCCCCCACAGCAACACUACAUGGAGUGCGUCGGCUGCACAGCGUGCCCUCCCCGCCCUGACUUAAGCGCUUCUCUCUCUGUGUCCAGCACUUGAAGGCUCUGGGCUGGGGGGAUGGGAGGAGGAGGUCUCUGAGGACAUUGGCCACCAGGCUGGACGCCUUUUCAAGAGGGCCCAUUUGGCCCGGCUUGCCCUGUGGAGGGCAGGGGUCCUGGGUGGUGGUACCCCGGUGGCCCCAGGCACAGGAGCGGCAGAGGGGUGGUGAGCGGUGGUGGUGUAGAUUCGGAGAGCAGCCCCAGGAGGGGUGCGGGCCGGGGCUGGGGGCGGGGGGCGGGGGAGCUGGGAGCAGAGGACCAGAGCUUUCUUUUUCUUAAGUGCAAUAAAUCUGUCAGGGAGCUGGGGCCCGGAGCAGCCGGGGUUCUGCAGACCCUGCUGUCCAGGCCCCUUGAGGCUGCGCCCUGAGAGGCACUACAACCCGGGGGGCGGCGUGGGU